UAGAAAAUUAAAGUUUGUGUAAAGUUUAACCAUUAAAACCCCGAUAAUGACCACAAAGAUUGUAAAACGCAAGCAAAACACGCAGCCAAGUGGAUGUCCUGUGGGGAAAAAGAAGCAUAGACCGAAUGGCAUCGAAAGAGGAGCCCUGCAGAACGGUCACAAGGACCCUGGGAAGCAAGAACAGGGCAAGCUAUCAACGUCCGAUUCAGCGCAUGCAAAGAAAAGUAGAAAAACCCCAAAUAGCGGAACAUCAACAUCAAAUGGACCGAAGGAGACAACGAUGAAGAGUUUCGAAUAUGUGGAAAAUUUCCGUCAAAAACUACUGGCCGGUGUUGUGGCUAUGGAUGCUAUACGUCACUUCGUUCAACAAUUCCAUAAAAAGCCCGAUUCGAUUGUUGAAUACAUUCAUGCUGGAGGUACUCUGCAACCUUUGAUGGACAUUUUGGACAAGACCGAAAAGGAUAAAGUAGCCGAUAUAGCCGAAUUGUUCCACCUUAUCCAUUUUGUGCUGAUCAAGUGUAUCGAUUACGACGAAGCGCAUGCUAAGGAUGCGGCCAAAUGCGCAAGGUACAUUAUGACCGACUAUAAACCCGUAAUCGUGCGAUUGCUGCACGAAAAAGAAGAGCAUGCAACGGCUUGCAGAGCAGCUGCCUUUCGCACUCUGAAAGCGGUCAUGCUUGUAGAUCCCGGCGCCUAUGGAAGGGAAGUGUUGAAGCUGAUGGACGUUUGCAUGCCGGAGCUGGAAAUGCACAAGUGCCGUGAGAUGGUUGAUGAGCAGGGGACACAACAAUCGCUGCGCACGGUAUUCAUCGAGUUUAACCUGGCUUUCCUAAUCGAUACCGCCCCCGAGCUGGUGCGUUUAUGGCUUACCCGGGCCCACCUGAUUCAACCGUUGACGCAGAAUCUCGUGUACGAUCACGUCGAAAACGUGGUGCUCGUGAUGAAAAGCUUUCGCCAGUACGUGCUCGACUGUCCAGCCAUCGAUAAGUACAUCUAUCGAACGAUAUUUACGACGGACUUUUAUAAAUCCCUAGUAAACGUGUUUGAAUGGGUCGGUCCGAGUAAGCAGGUCCCCACGGAGGCCAUGAAGAAGGCGGUCCUGGAUGCUACAGAAAUGGUGGUGCUUCCUCUGCUCACAUCCAAGCGAUACUUUCUUGUGCCGAAGACGAUCGAUUUGGAAAGGGCCAGUCCACGCCAUAAACAUAUCCUUCUGGCGCUGAAAAACUCUCAACUGCAUGCUCAACAGCGCAAACUGGUGCUACGUCUGUUCGAAACCUGUCCCGAGGUCCUUCCUGCUGUGCUGGAAAACUACGCAGCGCUGCUGAAAACGAAGAAGGAAGAUAAUCGAGAACUAUUGAUGUCCAUCAUCCAACUGCACAAGCCCGAGGAGAUCGUGGCAGGUCUCGACGCGAGUACGGUGACGGCCAAGGCUCUGUCAAACUUUGUCGUCAAAAGUACGCUUCCUCGAAUGGCGCUGGAAUACAUCGGCGUAGCGAUGGGGAGAAAGGAAAACAUUGCCUUCUGUCUGAAGUUUCUCGCCAUCAUGAUCGGCCGGUGCGAGCAGUAUCUGCUGGAAAUCGAAAAAACCCGAAAGUUGGACCAGUUUGGGCUGAAAAAGCUAAAGUUCGAUACGAUCAAUCAUAUACUGGCCCUUUUCCCCACCGUCGAUCGGAUCAUCUCGGCGAUGGAGCUACAUCGGAACGAUCGCAACGCAGAGAAACAAGAAAUAGUCAUGGAACACGCGAUGGACAUUCUGCUAGUGUGCAUUCGAAGCUUCCGUGCGUACAUUGAUUCGUCUACGUUCAUUACAACGUUUCAGAGCAUUCUGCAGCCAGCCUAUCGAACGUCGGUGCAAGAGCAAUUCUUCCUGAACUACGAGUUCAAAGCGAUCAAGGUGGUGAUCGCACUAGAACCCCAGAGUGUGUCGUUCGAUUCGCCCCAUUUCCCCUCGGUGCUAAAGGUGCUCAUCAAAAUCUACCUCCAUGGGCCGGACGAUGCAAUGCGCCGCGAAGCGACCGAGUUGCUGGUAGCUCUAUUCCGCAACACAACCCUAUUCGGGAACCGGGCAACGGAGAUUGAAUUUUGGUUUCAGGCCCUCUACAAGUUUCAUCCACCCGCAUUGGUGCUGGAGCUGGUCGACUAUCUGGUAAAAUGUAUCAAGACUGCAGCAACGAGUAUGAGUGAGACGUCCAAUCAUUCUCUCAUCAAAGAAGCGUUUGCAACGGCGGGAACGCAGCGUAGCCAAGACCUGGAGGAAUUGUUUGCCCGCGUGGAACACGAGGAGCUUGACAUUGACAGCGAAAUAGUGAAGAAAGAAGGCAACACGCAAGCGUUCCUCACGGAAUUGUCGGUGACCGACAACUUUUUCCUAUACAUGUUCGCAAAGAACACGUUGCAUCCGGCAAAGUUUGCCAAAUAUUUCGAUCGAGUCUUGCUGCGAUACCUCCACUAUCUGCCCCAUCCGGAGAUCGUUGAAAAGGCGCAUGCGUUGGCACUCGAGAAAGAUAUGACUUCCGUUCUCACUAUUUACAUUAGCAAGUGGAUGUUGGGAACGAAGGAGGGUUACCUCGGGAAAGAGCACGGAUGGGGAGUUCUAUGCAUACUCAGCGAGGCAUUGGUCAAGAAGUGGAAAAAUAUCGAAUUUUCGCCCUCCGCCAACUUUCGCACCGAACUUAUUCUUAUGCUACAUCAAACGUUGUUUCAUCUCUGCCGUCUGGUCGUAGCCAAGAAGCUAAGCCAGGAACAUCUAGAUAUUAUUGCACACUACGCCGAUAAGUUGCUCACGUUGAUGCUGCAAAAAGAUAGUCCCCUUUCGGCGACGGACAUUGAAGAAGUGAUGGCCGGGUUGUUCCUGCAGCGUCCAGUUUUGUUCGACCAUUUCACCAUCCGUGCGGAUCAAGACAGCGCCAACGGUACAAUACCGCGACUCGUAACGGGAUUUGUGUACGAGCUCAUGCAAAAGUGUUGUCAUCUGCCAAACUUUGAUCGCUACACCACGCUCUACUCGCACAAAAUCGUUUCCGAGUUGAUUAACUCGUCGACGGCGGAACUGGCGACCGCUCCGUUUGAUAGUGCGAUGGCAGAGAAGUUACUUACCAUCUUCAAACUCAACGAACGAAACUGCGUAACGCUGCUCCGCCACUACGCCGAACUCCCUGCAGAAGCAUUCCUCGGGACGCAACCCAACAGAAACGAGCGGACGUUUCACUAUAAGCAACUAUGCCUCGCAUUAGAGAAACUCGCUGCAACUGGGUUUGGCGAUCGGGAACACUUCCUCACCGAGCGGACCGUUCGAGGCUUGGUAAGCAUCUACAUAGAAUGCGGAAAGCGUUUGGGCAACGACCCCGCCGGUCUAGACGAUUUCGAGUGCGCACUCCUGGGCUAUCUGAGUACGUUUACGCAUAGCAUUGCGCAUGUGGAACCAGAGUUGAUGAACGUGUUUUUCGUGGCUCGCCAAAGGAUCGGCAAACCGCUGGUAAAGCUUGCGGUCUUUCUACUUUCACGAGACUCCCGGUUCGACGCACCCUUCCUAGCGCUCGCAGGUGAACACUCCUCGUCGAAGAAGGAGCUUGUUUAUCCACUGCUGAACGCCGCCUUCCGCCGUUCGGUCCUUUCCGCCGCAACCAUGCGCGAUUCGGACGAAGGAAAGCGCUUGAUGAAUAAGCUGUACGGAGAAUUUAAAGGAGGCAUCCAGAAGAUGCUCGAAAAACCGCACAAAGCGGCCGUUAUCUAUCGGGAAAAUAUGAUUGCCAACGAAUCCCUGGUGCGGCUGUGUAUGCCCCGCAACGAGUGUGUGGAUUUUGCGCGCAAAAAACUCCGUAUCGAGUCGGUGGAAGUGUUUCAGCUGCGAGCGCUAAUGGAAAUCUACGGCAUCGCGCUGGAAACGCUCAAAGACAACCCCAAGCAGCAGCCCCAAGUGUACGGGAACGUUUUCGGCGUGCUACUGCAAUGUUUCGAGGUUCUCUUCCGUUCGUCCUCGUCGGCGGAACACUUUCUCAAACGUUCGGACGCGGUCGGGUACCUAAAUCAACUCGUGCUCGCCCUUUACGGCUGGUCAAAGCAGACAAAACGCUACAAAACACUGCGUGAGGCUUCGAGCUUCGAGGGAGUGACCUCAAGCGCCAACUGGAACGCGUUUUGCAAGACCUGUCUUAAGUUUGGCAUGGAGAUGCCCCAUUGUGUGGACAAUGCGCGUCGGUACGACGAUCGGCUGUACGUGCUGCCAACGAUUAUGGCCACCCUGGUGGACCUGUUCUACGCGAACGACAACCCGGAGCAGCAGGAUAUCGAGCGGUACUACGAUUGGGCUCUUUCCCACUCCCACUUCCUGCGCGUCCUUCUCACCCAGUUUCAGUUCCGAACGAAGACGGCCCUCGUGCACUUGUUGUGUGUUUUGGCGCACAAAAAUAUGACCGUCGCCAACAGCAAGCACGUUCCGCUGUUCCUCGGUGCGUAUGGAGCUACGCUUAGCGAUUGCAAUCGAUACAUCUUGGCCCUGCUGCAAGUGUACGAGCGGGCCGGCAUACAGAUGCACGAGUUCCGCCCUUUCCUAUGGGGUGAAAUGGCUAUCAAACAUUUCUCCCUCGAGGCGGGCGCCAACGAAGAGAACCGCCAGCGUCAUUCGUUCCGUCCACAUCCGGCAGAAGUGUUAUCGCUGCUGGAGAAGGAAAAAAUCUGCGCCACCGUCCUCCGUUUCCCCGUGUGGCGUCGGCUUGACGCUUGUACGCAACUUCCCGUGGUGAACUUUGACGAUAUCAGCGCUUUGUUGGAUCCGGAAGGAGAUCAGCAGUUCCACUGUCCGCCAGCCAACGUUCUGGAGGAAUUCAUCGAAAAGCAGCACCGGAGAGGAAAGCAUCUGAAGGCGCCACCGACGGAACUGCUUGAGCAGCGUGCGACCAAGCCAGAAUUCCGCAACACAAUAUACGACCCUGCGUUCCUUUUGCCACUGCUAGGGUAUAUGUUUGCACCGGAGAACAGUGACAUGCUUGAUAUGGCCGGACGGGCCGGUAUCCUUUCGCUGCCCUUCGUUUGCCUGGCGAGUAACGACGAGCAGAUGCGACUGGCGGCCGGCAGCGUCAUCCUGCGUCUCCGAGGUCACCUGGAGCAGACGAGAAAGUUCAUCGACGCACAGUUUUGGUUACAUCUAUUCUCGGCGGUACAAAACGGACUCACCGCCUUGAAGGAACAGGGAAAGAAGGAAGUGCUGGUUCCGAAGGCUUCCUUUCUUUCGACAAUCUUCAUCGCCGAAACGAUCAACGUGCUGCCGGAUGUGAUGAGUGAGCUGCACGGGCCAUUGACCGGCUACAUCAUGCAGCAGAAAACGUACGAUUUCCGCGCCAUCCCGAACUUUUUGAUUCUGUUCCACAGUGCGGAUAUACGGCACAACGUGCACCGAUUGUUCAUGCUGGAAUCGAUCUACCGUGGGAUUCAAACGCAUGAGGAUUUCGCCGUUCUGCGCCCCUCGCCAAUCAUCCGAGCCGUGAUGCACUUCUACGCCUCUUCCCUCUCGAACCGGGAGCUCAACAUAACGAUUCUAAACAUAAUCAACGCGCUUGCAAAGAUUCCAAAGUCGUGCGAAGCGCUCGUAAAUGGCUUCGGCUUCCUCACCUGGCUCAGCCAGCGGAUCGACGGGAUAGAAAGCUUCCACUUCGACACGAUCGAAGCGUUCCUGGAAAUUCUGAGCAACUGCUGGUGCUCGAUGCAGCUGAUGGCGUUCGCCAAGUCCGCCGCCCGCACUUCGAUAAUCUUCCAGCGCGGUGUCCUGAUUGCGACACUCAAGUUUCUCCCGCUCCUCUCGACGCGCAGCUCAAGCAAAACGUUGAUUUUGUUUUUAAAUCUACUGGACAAAACGACCUCGUCCCGGUACUCCACCGAUCGGCUGCUGGCAUUGGUGAACGAGCAAAUGCUGGGGCAGAUGAUGGAAUACUUCGAGAAGCUGUUCGGUGUCCACCUUUGGUGCGUCCGGUAUGUGCGACAGUGUGGGGCGCACGGCGCUGACGAUGAUGCGACGGUUGGCAGGAAACUUUCCGACGAUGGCGUCGAUCAGCCGACCAUUUCGAUAUUGGUCAGCUUGCGAAGGUUUGUUAUUCGUUGGCAGAACUUCCAGCAACACGGUUCCAGUGGAGAAGAUGAAAUCGGUGAAUCGGAUGACAAAUCGAUGGAGGUUAAAGAUAAGGUGGAAGAUGUUCAGAUAGAGUAAUGAUUAUGGUCGGCAAUCAGAAGGUUGAUUUUUUUCUGUUUCUAUUCGUACAAUAUAAUGGUAUAAAUAAAUGAUGAAGCCUUAUUAA